GGGAUUUUUCCACUGCCGUGCCGUGGGCUGGCUUCUUCCCCAGCCGCUCCUUCUCAUCUCUCCCUCUACGGUCGAGCUCCCAGCCUGCACUUCGGUUCUCUGCGUGUGGCUUCGCUCCUGGAGCAAAAAUCCCGCCGCCCCUGCGCAGAUUUUUCCAGCGUCUAUAUCUCUGUGCGCAGGUCCAAGCCACCGUUCAGCUCGAGAAGAAAAUCCUACCGUGCUCGAUUCUUCCCUGCGCGUCUCCUCCGCUUGGAGCUUCCUGCGCUCCCUGCGUCCCUAUGUGGCCGGAACUCCCUUCAUGGCCGGAGCUCGGACGGCGCUCGGUCCUGCCGCCUGCCCCAACGUCGACUAUCUCCAGCUCGCCCCCGACCUCUUCUCUCCCUGUCGCGUCGCUCUCUCUCUGCUCGCUCUCCUCCAUGGCCGCCGUGGGCUCGCCGGCGUGGUCCCUGUCCUGGCCACCGUGGUGCCGCGUGCCCAUGUGCCAGCGCAUGCCCAGCUCCUCUCCGUCUGCUCGGUCUUCUUCCUGGAGCGAGCUCUCUUCUCUCCCAUAGCGUCCGGCAUUUCUCCCUGUCGCUCCUUCCAUGCCGCGCUCGGACUGAAGCUUCCCUGCGCGACCUGCCGAGCCUCUUCCUCUGCCAAGUCCCUUUCCCCGCAAGCCCCUGCCCUGCUCUCUGUCAGCCGCACGCUGUGCGCCCUGGCUCCCUCGCCAUCGCCGGAGUUCUUCUGAUCGGCUCCAGCUCGAUUUGGUCUUCAGCUUUCUGCGCGC